CCUGCGCGAUCUUCUACCAGCUGGAACCCCAGCUUUAAGCUGGACUUGCUGUUGUGGCCCUUUUCAGCGGUUUGUAGCCCUUGAAUGGAAGCUCUGACAGCCACUUACCGACGCACAUAAUAAGGGAGCUUUUAUUGACAAUCAAGUAAACCCGCAGGGCUCCCGUUGCGUAUUGGAGAUGCUGGGUGUCGGGACUGGCACGGUCUGCUGAAUGAAGCAAAUGAGCACCGUAUGCAGGAGGAAACCGAGGUAUUUGGCUUCCCUGAGACUGCACUUUGCAUGAUUGCAGUCAGCUUUUGGCAUGACGUUUCGUGAAACAUUUCAAUCCUUUUCAUUCGGCUCUUAGAAGUACCAAAGGAAAUAUAUGGAAAUCCGCUGAAAUGUUAUUUCAUAUAAAUGCUGCGUAGCAGGUGCCAUGAAACUGUUAAAAGCAGAACAUUCUGAUUUUUAAGCUUAAGUGGAACAGUAUGUCGGUACCAGAUAUGCCCUUCAUUACUAAAGAAACCUGGAGGAAGACAGGACCCGCAUUCCUAAAGAAUGUUCUAGCCAAAGCUUUAUAUGACAAUGUGGCUGAAUCACCGGAUGAGCUGUCCUUUCGCAAGGGGGAUAUCAUGACUGUUUUGGAACGGAACACACAAGGGCUAGAAGGAUGGUGGCUUUGUUCACUGCAUGGACGACAGGGAAUCGUUCCUGGAAACAGACUUAAAAUCUUGGUAGGAAUGUAUGAUAAGAAGCAGCCAAGUGUUACGCAGGGACAGCUACAGGCACCUCAGUCUCCGCUGCCUGGUCACCAGCAAGGGCUGUAUAACAUGCCGUCUCCAUCAUCGCAGUACACUGCAAUGCACCCAGCGUAUCCUACUCUAUCUGAUGAUGUCUACUUAAUGCCUGCAACUGGGAAAGGACAGCAGGGUUUCUACCAGUCACCACCUGGCAUUGCACCUCCCCCACCAAAACAGCACCGUCAAAGGCAAGGAGCUCAUCAGUUCCAGAAUCAGCCUCAAGACAUUUAUCAAGUUCCUCCGUCACAUUCUCAGGGACAGGAUAUCUACCAAGUCCCACCUAGCAGUAAGAGUUCACCUCAGGACAUUUAUCAAGUUCCUCCAUCUGUGGGACCUGGCCCUACUCAGGACAUUUACCAGGUACCACCCUCCAUGGCACAGCUUCAAGACAUCUACCAGGUGCCCCCUUCAAUGGACAAGAGAAGUUGGGAGGGACCAAAGCCAGCCAAUAAGGUAGUAGUCCCAACCAGAGUUGGCCAAGUUUAUGUCUAUGAUGCACACAAGCCAGAACAAGAUGAAUACGAUACCCCAAGGCACCUUCUUCCUCCUCCUGGUUCGCAAGAGAUUUACGAUGUACCACCAACUCGUGGAGGAGCAGCAAAUCAGUACAACCAAGAGUUGUACGAUACUCCUCCUAUGGCAGUGAAGGGUCCAAGUUCUCGGGAACAUGCGCAGGACAUCUACGAUAUUCCACCAAGCGUGGAAAAGAACUGUCAGUCUCAACCAAGUCUGCACCAAAUAGUCUAUGAUAUUCCUCCCUCUGUAAGUAAAGAUGUCCCUGACAGAGCUGUAAGAGAAGAAACUUAUGAUAUUCCUCCAGCAUUUGCAAAGAAGAAAACAUAUGACCCUCCCAGGCUACCUUCUCAGGCACUUUUACAUGCUGGUCCUGUACAGGAAGAGUUUCAGUCAGAUGAUGUGUAUGACAUACCUCCACCAGGUGGGAAAGUCAUGGAUGUAACUAUUUCUCAAGAUAUUUAUGAUGUUCCACCAAGCUUGAAGAAGCCUGGGGGACAUAUAUUGUUUCAGGAUGUCUAUGAUGUCCCAAGAGAGGUUUUAGGGCCUUCUAGUGGGAAGGCCACCAUUGAGGAUGACACAGACUACAUAUAUGAUAUUCCUCCUCAAGUGGACAGAGAUGUGAAAGCAUCAGAAGAACUGACAAACAAUUUCAAGAGAUUAUCUGCUUCAAGCACUGGUAGUACACGAAGUAAUGUUUCCACCUCCUCACUUGACAUUAUCCCUGUUAAGGAGUCUGCUGCCAUCUCACCUAAGACAACUGGAAAGGAGCUGAAUUUGGACUUAGAUGUUGCAAUGGACAUGUUGGCAAAGUUGCAGCACAGUGUUGAAAGUUCUGUCUCCCAUCUAAUGUCCUUCAUCAACAAAAGCUGGAGAACUCCUGAGCAGAUGGAACCAAAUGUACAAAAUAUCAGGACUGCUGUAGAAAGAGUAAAAAAUUCUGUAAAAGAUUUGCUUGAAUUUUCACGAGGGGCUGUCAAUAAUGCCGCUCAAGCAACAGAUCGCACUUUAUACACAAAGCUCAGUAAACAGCUUCAGAAAAUGGAGGAAGCUUAUCAGAUUCUACUAAAACACACUCAGGCACUUGACAGUUGUAACUGGGCUAUAAAUGCAUUGGUUAUAAACAAGCAGAACUCUUCCGAUGACUUGGACCGAAUUGUCAUGCACUCUCGAGGAAUUCCUGAUGACACAAAACAGCUUGCAUCCUUUUUGCAUGGGAAUGCUUCAUUACUUUUUAAAAGGACAAAGCAUCAGUCUGUUUCAGGGGACUCAAAACGAGAUUCCUCCCAGAUGGGACUUGAGAGUGGUAGCAUGGUGUCAAAUAACAACCUUCAGGUCCAUCAUACAGGGUCCACAGACAAAUCAAACAUUCAGUCCAGGCCUCUGCCAUCCCCACCUAAAUUCACUGCAGAGGAGUCGCCAGAGGAUCAUUAUGAAAACAGUGAAAGCGGCUGGAUGGAAGAUUAUGAUUAUGUCCAUUUACAGGGGAAGGAAGAAUUUGAAAAGACACAGAAAGAGUUGCUAGAAAAAGGAAAUAUUAUGCGACACGGCAAGGGACAGUUGGAGCAGCAGCAGCUGAAACAAUUUGAACGUCUGGAAGAAGAAGUCACCAGGCCGAUAGACAAUGAUUUAUCCAAUUGGAAGCCACCUCAGCACUAUGCCCAGGUCCGUAGCAAAUUAUGCUCCUCAGACAAACAGCUCCUGCUGUUUUACACAGAACAGUGUGACGCCAACAUCACAACCCUAACUAAUGCCAUUGAUGCCUUCUUCACCUCCAUUAACACCAACCAACCACCUAAGAUCUUUGUGGCCCAUAGCAAGUUUGUUAUUCUCAGUGCUCAUAAGCUGGUGUUCAUUGGUGACACAUUGUCUCGCCAGGCCAAAGCCCAAGACAUCCGCAAUAAAGUAACGCACCACAGCAACCUUCUGUGCAAUAUGCUUAAGGAGAUUGUGGUUACUACAAAGACUGCAGCCCUCCAAUAUCCAUCCGCAACAGCUGCCAAGGAAAUGAUGGAUCGGGUGAAAGAGUUGUCCAACAACAUGCAGCAGUUUAAGAUGGCACUUGGACAGCUAGCAUCUAUGUAAAGACUUGCAGCUCCACUGUUGAACUUACCUGAACAUUUAUGUUUUUAAAAAAAACAACAGAGUAAACAAAUAUUUAGGCAAAUGAUGCCAAUGGCUAUAUAUAAAUCAGUGUAUAUAUUUAAGAUAUUUCCACAAAGAAAAGAAUUAUACAUUUUCUGGUUUGUCGACAGAGUAAUGUAGUUUUUAGACUGUACCAGUUAUUACUCAAGGGUGUUUCCAUUUCAAACACUGUAAUAGUACUUAUUCUGUUUUAUUGGGGAAAACAUUUGUAAGUCUGUCCCUUAAUAUGAAGAAAUGCCAAUAAUUAUUUUUCCGUAUCAAUUUUGAUCAGUUAACUAAUGGACUAUAUUUUCAAAGUCUGUUUUGGAGUAAAGAAAGAUAAUUAGUGGAUUAAAAUAGAGAAGAGGGGCUCAUGCUGUGACCGACGAUAAUUAUAGUCAUAGUGUUUAACACUGUCUUGGGACUUUUUUUAAUUAGUGAGCUCUCGUCACUAAUUAAAGAGUUCUAAUCAGGUAUAAUGAAUCAUUUUAACAGUAUCUCAUCUGAGACUGGAAAAGAAAAGGCUUGGAUGAAGAUCUUUUGGAGAAAACUUAGUGUGUCUCAGGACUGCAGAGACAAAGUGCACAUUUAAGCAUCUUUUAUGUCAUGCCUGAAUGAGAGUUAGACACGCCACUGCAAUUCAAGUUUGAUUCUCUCUUCCAUUACCAGCUGUAGCGGAAAAGCAAAUGACUGUGCCUUGUAAUUGUAAAGCUUCUGCUGGUUACCAGAGCUAUGAAAUUCUCCUUCGCAGCCUGUAUUUAUACUCCUUGGAUGUACUGUAUUAAUGUGGGAGCAUAAAGUUUUUCCUAGAACUA